ACGUAAAUAAAAAUAUUGUAUUUUGUAUUGUGAAUUGUGAAUUAGUGACUGACAGUUUGAAGCUUGCGUGUUGGCAAAAUCUAUAAUUUAUUUUAUUAGCUUCUAUAGACAUUAUUUAUAUUAUCUUAAUAUUAAAUUAUUUUGUUAGUUCUAUUUUUGACACAUUUCACAUAGUAAACAUUGCAAAAGAAAAAGUAAAUUUUUCUGAAGUUUAAUUUUUGCACGUGGCCCGCCAAAAUUGAUAUUUAAAAUUAAACGACAUUGUUUGCAAUUAGUUAGCUUGCUUCCAAUAUCAAUUGCGUGCGAACGUUUAAUAACAAUCAAAGCUAAGGCGAUGCAACAUUCACUUGUGUGAGUGCGUUGAUUAUUUGAUAUAUAAAACCAUAUGUGUGAUGAUCUCAUAGCAACACAAUACACAUGGUUCAACGGGAGGAAGCGUGUUUUAUCUUAGUAUUUGGGUGACGUUUCUCCACUGUUGGAGCUUAUCGCCUCGGAAGUGGGACCGCCUAUGUGGGGCGAUAUAAAACGUUUUAUUACGAACGUUGCAGCCACCGGUCCCAAUUUUAUGAGCCGCGGACUCAUUAACUGAAGUCCAUUGAACUUGUGCUCGUCGAUAAAUCUAGAAAUAUGAACGCAUUUCUGCUCGUACACUGCCUAUUUCUCAUUUUUGCUAGUAAGGUGGAGGGAACUUCUGAAAGUCCAGAGGUUUUGGUGUUCACUGUAGCAACAGAAGAUAACCAUGGCUUGCAGCGGUAUCUCCGAUCUGCAAAAAUGUAUGGAAUUAAAGUUGAAGUUCUUGGCUUGGGACAAAAGUGGGAAGGCGGAAAUAUGGAAACCCUAGGCGGUGGUCAAAAAGUCAAUUUACUGAAGGAAAAACUUCAAUCACUCGAAAUAAAUACUAAAUCAAAGGAACCAAUUGUCCUUUUCACGGACAGUUAUGAUGUCAUGUUUCUGGGGAAUAUUGAUGAAAUUGUUGAGAGAUUCAAGAAGACACAACGUCGUGUUCUAUUCUCUGCGGAACCCUUCUGCUGGCCGGAUCUUAAAUUGGCUAAACAUUAUCCCGACAAUAGUUCAACCAAUGCUUUUCUGAACUCUGGUGCAUUUAUCGGUUACUUACAAGAUAUUCUACAAAUUCUUCUAACUAAUAAAAUUAGCAAUCAAGAUGAUGAUCAGUUGUUCUAUACAAAAAUUUAUAUCCAAGAAAAGUACAGGAAGAUGUAUGAAAUGGGACUAGAUAGUAAAUGUACUCUAUUUCUGAACUUGAAUGGUGCAUUGUCUGAUGUUGAGCUUGUGCUCAAUUCUACUGAAGAGUGGCCUUAUAUUAUACACAAGGCAUUUAACGAGCGGCCUCUUAUUGUGCAUGGAAAUGGACCAUCUAAGCUGAUGCUCAACCAUUACUCAAAUUACUUGGCAAAAUCUUGGUCAGUUAAAGAAGGUUGUGUGCUGUGCAAGGAGAAAAGGAUUGAGUUGAAGGAGGAUGCUUUACCUGUAGUAAUGUUGUCAGUAUUUAUUGAACAACCAACACCCUUCCUUGAAGAAUUUCUUCAACAAGUAGACGAAAUUGACUAUCCAAAGGAGAAAAUCCAUUUCUUUAUACAUAAUAAUGUAGAUUUUCAUGAGGCUGAAGUGGAUAAGUAUUUCCAAGCACACAGUAGGGAAUACAUCACCGCUAAGAGGAUUACUCCAACCGAUUACCAAUCAGAAGCGGAGGCCAGGGAUAUAGCCAAAAAUAGAUGUGCGAACAGCGCUUGCGAUUAUCUGUUCUCGGUCGACAGUAUAGCUCGGGUAGAUUCUUCAACGCUCCGUUAUUUGCUGUCCACUGGCUAUGACGUCGUGGCUCCGAUGCUAGUGCGGCCCGGUCAAGCCUGGUCUAACUUCUGGGGCGCUAUCAAUUCUCAAGGAUAUUACGCUCGCUCUUCUGACUACAUGGACAUCAUUAAUAGAAAAAUUAUUGGCAUAUGGAAUGUUCCCUUCAUAACUAACUGCUAUUUGAUGAAUAUCUCCCUUUUCCGCGACAAAACCGAUAAGGAAGUCAGCCAUAUCAAGGAAGGGCUCGACCCAGACAUGGCUUUCUGCGCUAGUUUGAGAAAACGGGGUAUUAUGAUGCAUGUAAGUAACGAGAGGGAACAUGGACAUCUGGUCAAUCCUGAUACUUUCGACAUCAGCCGUAAAAACCCGGAUGUCUACCAAGUCAUGGACAACAGGAUCGAAUGGGAACAGCGCUACCUCAGCCCGGAAUAUUAUGAUAACUUUGCUGAAAAUCGUAAGCAUUCCAUGCCCUGCCCUGAUGUUUACUGGUUCCCAAUUAUGUCUCCUCGUUUCUGCGCCGAAUGGAUUGAGGUCAUGGAGGACUUUGGAGAAUGGAGUGAUGGAUCUAAUAUGGAUCAACGUUUAGAGGGCGGCUACGAGGCAGUACCUACCCGUGACAUUCACAUGAAACAAGUUGGCUUAGACAUACAAUGGCUACACAUUUUAAAGGAAUACGUCCGACCUCUGCAGGAAAUGGUCUUCACCGGAUACUAUCACAAUCCGCCAGUGUCUGUCAUGAAUUUCGUUGUUCGCUAUCGACCCAACGAGCAACCCUCUCUACGCCCUCACCACGACUCUUCCACAUACACGAUCAAUAUCGCACUUAAUACACCCAAUAAGGACUUUGAAGGUGGCGGCUGCAACUUCAUUCGCUACAACUGCUCUGUGAAAGAUACCAAGCUCGGGUGGAUGUUGAUGCAUCCCGGUCGUCUGACUCACUUCCACGAGGGACUGCGCGUCACGAAGGGCACCAGAUAUAUCAUGAUCUCUUUCAUUGACCCAUAGAUUUAUCUGACCUAUUAUAACUAAUUCUAAAUAGCCUGUUUCCCUAGCCCGCCUUUAGAAUUGUUUCAAUAGCUUGCUCCAAAUAUUUCGUUAAUAUUAUCCUAUAUUAUACUAACUUUAAAACAUAUUCUAAUAAAACAAUGGCGUAGUGGAUAUAUCAUAUAUGGUAGGUUAAGUUAACUGCAUUUAAGUUAUGUUAAGUGACUCUACAGCUCUCUAUAUUGCAAUUUUUUUUAAAUAAACACUUUGAUAAUUUUAUGUUUACACUUGAUAUUUGUUUUGAAAAGUUUAUAAUACAUACAAUUACUACUAUCGAAUAUAUUAAUAUA